AUGUUUCAACACUUCAUGAAUGAUGUAUUUAAAGACAUCCUGGACGAGUAUGUAGUUAUCUAUCUCAGGGACAUACUUAUGUUUUCAGACAACCCUGAACAACAUUGUUACCACAUUCGUUCCAUCCUGUUAAGAGUACAGAAGCGCGGCCGGUACGUGAAACUGGAAAAACGGCAAAUAGCGCCCAUGACUAACCUUCUCUGCAAGGCUAUCAAAUACGUUUGGAUGCCUGAAGCUCACCAUGUCUUCAAACAGCUCAAGGAUGCUUUCACCUCCACUCCUGUUCUAGCAUAUCCAGACCCUGCCCAAGCAGUCAUAGUGGAAGACAAUGUAGCCAAUAAUGGCUCCAAACGACCUCAUUACUGCAGACUACUAUUCAAACUUCUAGGAACUAGACAACCUGUCAGAAACUACCGCAGUGACUAUCAUAGACCAACCAAUAAAGUAUUUCAACAGCCACUGUAUCACAAACUGUUUAACUUCAGAAAACAGACCCCAGAUGACCUGCGAACUAAUCCCAAAAGCCCUUACUCAUCAUUUACUACUAAUACUCCAUCUGGAACAGUGAACUUCAUCCCGCCACUGACAACAAGCCCAGUAAUAACAUCCUUCAACCCUGCUCACAAUGGCCGCGUAUGCAGUACGUGGGGCAAUUUCCACUUCAAGACUUUUGAUGGGGACAUCUUUUACUUCCCUGGACUCUGCAAUUACGUCUUUGCAUCCCACUGCAAUGCUGCCUAUGAGGAUUUCAACAUCCAAAUCAGGCGCACUGUGGUGGAAAAUGCUCCUACUAUCAACCAUAUCACCAUGAAGCUCGAUGGGGUGGUUUUUGAAAUGGCAAAGAACUUUGUUGUUGUCAAUGGCAACAGGGUUCAGCUGCCUUACAGCCAGUCUGGAAUCAUGGCUGAGAGAAGCAGCAUGUAUAUAAAAGUGACUGCCAAAAUGGGCCUGGUUUUCAUGUGGAAUGAAGAUGACAGCAUCCUGCUGGAACUGAGUGACAAAUAUGCCAAUUAUACCUGUGGGCUUUGUGGGGACUUCAAUGGUAUUCCAAUGUACCAUGAGUUCUUUUCAAACAAUGUCGAGCUGACUGCCACGCAGUUUGGAAAUAUGCAAAAGAUGGAUGGGCCAACAGAAGUCUGUGAGGAUCCUACAUCAUCCUCCCUGAACAACUGCACGGACAAUUUUGAUGACAUCUGCCAUAAAGUAUUGACUGGCCCUGCAUUUUCAGAAUGUAAUGCACUAGUUGAGGUUAGCGAGUACAUUAAGUCUUGUGAACAAGACUUGUGCCGCUGUGACCAGUCUAAGAAUGCCUUCUGUAUUUGUAACACCUUUGGUGAAUACUCCCGGCAGUGCGCCCAUGCCGGUGGACAACCUCUGAACUGGAGAACCCCACAACUGUGUCCCAAGAAGUGUCCUUUCAACAUGCAGUACCAGGAAUGUGGAUCCCCCUGCACUGACACCUGCACCAACCCUGAAAGAUCUCAAGUCUGUGAAGAUCACUGUAUGGAUGGCUGCUUCUGUCCCCCAGGAACUGUGCUUGAUGACAUUAACAAUGCUGGCUGCAUCCCCCUUUGGGAGUGCUCCUGUACUUACAAUGGCAACUCUUAUGCUCCAGGGACAUCUUUUCACGCCCAUUGCCAUUCCUGUACCUGCAAUGGAGGCCAGUGGAUUUGCACAAACAUUCCAUGCCCUGGAUCUUGUACAGUAGAGGGAGGUUCACACAUCUCCACAUAUGAUGAAAAACGUUACAAUGUCCAUGGAGACUGCACUUAUGUUUUGUCUAAGCUCUGUAAAAAUGACACAUUCGCUGUUCUGGGAGAACUCCGCAGAUGUGGCUUGACAGACACUGAGACAUGCUUAAAGACAAUAGUCCUCAGCGUUAAUGGAGGACAAACUAUCAUUGUGAUCAAGCCUGGAGGUGGCGUGUUUGUGAAUUGGAUCUACACUCAGUUGCCCUUCUCAGCAGCUAAUGUCACCAUUUUCAGACCCUCAUCCUUCUUCAUCAUGGUGGAAACAAACUUUGGACUUCAACUGGAGAUCCAACUUGUACCCAUCAUGCAAGCGUUUGUGCGACUGGAUCCAUCUUUCAAAGGGCAGACUUGUGGUCUCUGUGGAAACUUCAACAAUAUUGAGACUGAUGACUUCAGAGCCAUAAGUGGUGUAGUGGAAGGAACAGCAGCUGCAUUUGCUAAUACCUGGAAAACACAAGCUUCAUGCCCUAACAUCAAAAAUAACUUUGAGAAUCCUUGUGCCCUCAGCGUAGAAAAUGAAAAGUAUGCUCAGCACUGGUGCGGAUUGCUGACGGACAGCACAGGACCUUUUGCCAAUUGCCACUUAACAGUGAAUCCAGCUGUUUACCACACGAACUGUCUGUUUGACACCUGUAAUUGUGAAAAGAGUGAGGACUGCAUGUGUGCUGCCCUCUCUUCCUAUGUGAGAGCCUGUGCUGCCAAAGGAGUCCAGCUGGAGGGAUGGAGGACUGAUGUCUGUUCCAAAUACACAACCUCGUGUCCCAAAUCCUUGAGCUACAGCUAUACCAUCAGUUCCUGUCAACCCACUUGCCGGUCUCUGAGUGAGCCCGAUGUCACAUGUAACAUCAGGUUCAUUCCAGUUGAUGGUUGCACCUGUGAAAAAGGAACCUACAUGGAUGAAUAUGGCAAAUGUGUGUCUGCUAGUGAAUGUCCUUGUUAUUACAAAGGAUCUCCCAUUCUGUCUGGGGAAGUUGUUCAUGAAGAUGGUCUUGUAUGCACUUGUGCACAGGGUAAACUGAGCUGCAUUGGAGUUGUGAACCAAAUCCCAGUUUGUGCUCCUCCCAUGGUCUACUUCGACUGCAGAAAUGUCACUGCAGGCACCACUGGAGCCGAAUGCCAGAAGAGCUGCCAGACGCUUGACAUGCAGUGUUACAGCACACAGUGUAUGUCUGGCUGCAUGUGCCCCUCUGGGCUAGUGUCAGAUGGUAAAGGCAGCUGUGUUGCUGAAGAGGAAUGUCCAUGUAUUCACAACGAGGCUACCUACAAACCAGGGGAAGAGAUCAAAGUUGACUGCAACACCUGCGUGUGUAAGAACAGGAUGUGGAAAUGCACCAGUGAACAAUGCCUUGGUACAUGCGCUAUUUAUGGAGAUGGGCAUUACAUCACAUUUGAUGACAAACGGUUUAACUUCAAUGGAGAUUGUGAAUACACAUUAGUCCAGGACCACUGUGGGAAAAACAGCACAGUCAAUGGAACCUUUCGAGUUGUCACUGAAAACAUCCCCUGUGGCUCCACUGGGACCACCUGCUCUAAGUCUAUUAAAGUCUUCCUAGUGGGCUAUGAGUUGAUACUCAGUGAGGAACACCUUGAAGUGGUAGAAAGAGAAAAUGGAGGGCAAAUGCCAUACCAAGUCCGCUAUAUGGGCAUGUACUUAGUUAUUGAGACCAACAAUGGACUGAUCCUCAUGUGGGAUAAGAAAACCAGCAUCUUCAUCAAACUCAGCCCUGAUUUCAAGGGUCAGGUCUGUGGCCUGUGUGGCAACUUCGAUGGCAAUGGCAUUAAUGACUUUACCACCAGAAGUCAGUCUGUGGUAGGAGAUGUGCUGGAGUUUGGAAACAGCUGGAAAGUGUCUCUUACUUGUCCUGAUGCCAACUCUACAAAGGACCCUUGCUCUACCAACCCUUAUAGGAAGUCCUGGUCACAGAGGCAGUGCAGCAUCAUCAACAGUGAAGUCUUUGCUGCAUGUCACUCUCAGGUUGAACCAACUAAAUAUUAUGAAGCAUGUACGACUGAUGCUUGUGCUUGUGACAGUGGGGGAGACUGUGAAUGUUUCUGUACAGCAGUAGCUGCAUAUGCUCAAGCAUGUAGUGAAUUUGGUGUCUGUGUAGCCUGGAGAACUCCAUCAAUCUGUCCUCUGUUCUGUGAUUAUUACAACCCAGAAGGGGAAUGCGAGUGGCACUACAAGCCUUGUGGAGCUCCCUGCAUGAAGACCUGUAGGAAUCCAAGUGGAAGAUGCCUUCAUAAGUUACCAGGUUUAGAAGGCUGCUAUCCAAACUGUCCAGCAAACAAGCCAUAUUUCAAUGAGGAUGAGAUGACGUGUGUUGAUAACUGUGGCUGUUACGAUGCCAAAGGAAACUACCACAAACCAGGAGUGAGCUUCUACUCACGGGACAACUGUCAGUCAUGUACAUGCACAAUGGAAGGCUUAGAGUGCAAGUUUGAUGCUGAAGCAUGUUAUUGCUAUUAUGAAGAACACAAAUAUAAAUAUAAGGAUGUCAUUUAUAACACCACAGAUGGGAUUGGAGGGUGUUUGAGUGCAAUUUGUGACAUCAAUGGAACAAUAACCAGAACAUUCUUUGAAUGCAGUGGAAUUACAACUACCAUCCCAUUCACAUUUAGUACAGUUCUACCUCCGAGAGCUGCAGGAACAACAACUACACCACCAGUUACAACAGUGUGUGUUCACAACGUAUGCCUUUGGUCAGAGUGGUAUGAUGUCAGCUAUCCAACAGACUCCAACGAUGGAGAUUUUGAAACAUUUGAAAAAAUAAGAGCUAAGGGAUUUAGUGUUUGCGAAACUCCAAGGGAUGUGGAAUGCAGAGCAGAAAGCUACCCUGCCAUACCACUAAACGACCUGGACCAAAACGUGACAUGUAGCAAAGACUUUGGACUCAUAUGUAAUAAUAGGGAUCAGAUUCCACGAAACUGCCUAAACUAUGAGAUCAAAAUAUUAUGUUGUACUUAUGUACCAUGUGACUCUUCAACAUCUACCCCAUCAGUCACAACUAGUGGACAUCCAACUGCUUCAAUAAGUACAGAAAGUCCAACUCCAUUCCCACUUCCCAUCACUUCAUCUGUCACCACCACGCUUGUACCCCCAGUUUCCACUACUGUAUCAAUCACCUCCACUACUUCUCCUCGAACUCCAGGCACAGCAACAGGCUCAGCUGGCGAAGUUAUAUACAACAGAACAGAUAGCACUGGUUGUAGUUUUUAUGCACUUUGCAGUAAAAGAUGUGAAAUUGAGCGACUCCAGGGGCCAUGUCCUACAACAACUCCUGUUUCAUUAAUCCCGUCAUCUACAAUACCAAGCUUAUCAACCCCAACAGCUGUAUCUUCUUCAGUGCCAGUAACUCCAGAAACUACUCCAAUAUCAGGUUGCCCUGAUGCUGACCCGCCAAGAAAGAUGAAUGAAUCCUGGAUGUUAAACAAUUGCACUAUGGCAACUUGUGAGGGAGACAACAGAAUUGUUCUAUUGCUUCCUCCAGCUGUAGAGAUGAUUACUUGUGCAAGUGGACUCCCACCAAUAAAAGUCUAUGAUGAGGAUGGCUGCAACUACCACUAUGAGUGUGACUGUGUUUGCAGUGGCUGGAGCAAUUCUGACUACUUGACUUUUGAUGGAACUCACUACACAUUCCAUGACAACUGCACAUAUGUGCUGAUGAAACAGAUUGUGCCCAAAUACAAUUUCAGAAUCCUUGUUGACAAUUACUUCUGUGAUGUGGCUGAUGGACUCUCCUGCCCUAGAUCUAUCAUUGUGAAUUACAACUCCAUGGAAAUAGUGCUAAUCAGUCAGAUACACCAAGGAGAGAAAAAUAAUAAGAUUCUUGUCAACAAUGAGCCAAUCAGUGGAGGCUUCAGCAGAGGUGGCAUUUCAGUUGCCAAUGGUGGAACAUACAUGGUUGUUGAAAUCCCGGACAUCAAGUCUUACAUCUUCUUCAAUGGACUCACCUUCACAGUGAAAAUGCCAUUCAGCAUAUUUGGACACAACACUGAAGGCCAGUGUGGCACAUGUUCAAAUGACAAAGUGGACGAAUGCCGCAUGCCAAGUGGCGAAGUAAUUUCCUCUUGUUCAGAAAUGGCUGCCGCCUGGCAGGUUCAGAAUGAAAAUAAGCCCAAUUGUGAAAGGCUCCCGGUACCACCUGCCACGCCAACAACUCCACCUGUGCCCUGCAAUUCUACUUCUCCUCUUUGUGAGCUGAUUUUGAGCGAGUAUUUUGCAGAGUGUCAUAAGAUUCUGACGCCCAGCAUAUUCUAUGAGAGUUGCAUCGCUGAUUCAUGCCACAUUACCAAUGAAUCUAUACCAUGCUUCAGCUUGGAAACAUAUGCCUCCCUCUGCUCUGCUAAAGGUGUCUGUGCCAACUGGAGAAGCAAGACCCAAGGACAAUGCCGUAAGGAGCAUUCAUACAACUGUCCUAACGGCAAGGUGUAUGAUGCAUGUGGCCCUCUUAAUCCUGUCGCCUGUCAUUCCGGAACUGUUAACCAUACAAGUGAACAUGUUGCUGAAGGAUGCUUCUGCCCCAAGGAUAAGAUUCUCUUCAAUUCAUACACUGACAUCUGUGUGUCAGAAUGCGCUUGUGUGGGACCAGAUGGAAUGCCCAAACUGCCUGGAGCCAUUUGGAAGAGUAACUGCCAGGAGUGUGUCUGUGACCCAUUCUCUGUUACUGUACAAUGUAAGUCACUGUCAUGUCAGACACCCGAGACACCCGUGUGUGAGAAAGAAGGAUUCAUACCUGUCCCAGUGUUGACACCAGAAGACCCAUGCUGUCCUGAAAUGGAAUGCAGUAAGUACCGGCUACUAUCUUUUAUAGCCAGAUGCAAUACAAGCGCCUGCUCCCAGACCAAGAAGACUUGUGAGCCAGGGUAUCAGCUAGCCACAAUCCUUUCAGAGGGAGACUGCUGUGUCAAUUAUAUAUGUGAACCAAUACCAGAUGUCUGUGUGCUUAAUGGAACUAUUUACCAGCCUGGAAUGUCUGUUCCAAUGGACUCUUGUAAGACAUGUACCUGCAGUUCUGAAUUAGAUCCAGUCUCCAACAGAAACCUUCUGCAAUGUGAGCUGGUCCGCUGUGAUACCACUUGCCCUCUGGGUUAUGAAUACAUGAUGAAAGAUGGAGAGUGCUGUGGAGAGUGUGUCCAGGUGGCUUGCACAAUCAAGCUGACUAACAGCACUGUCCAGGUGCUCAAGCCAGGUGAUAUCUGGAAGCCUGAAGAUAAUCCGUGCAGCUAUUACAAAUGUGAAAAAACCGAAGAUCAGCUUGUUUCAGUCACAGUUCUGAGAACAUGUCCUGCCUUUGACCCAGAGGACUGCAAGCCUGAUGAAGUACAGCUGACUCCUGAUGGCUGCUGCAAAACCUGUGCCUCUGGAUUAACAAAAUGCAAAGUUCACAAGAACUCCACUGUGAUCCGCCACAAUGAAUGUGAAUCUUCUGAGCCUAUUGAACUGACGUACUGUGAAGGUGUUUGUGCCAGCUCCUCAAUGUAUUCCUUUGAAACACAGCAGAUGCAACACAAGUGUACCUGCUGCCAGGAACUCAACAGCCACAAGAGAGAGGUGACCCUGACAUGCAGCAAUGGAACAAGCAUGAAUUAUGACUAUGUCUAUGUGGAACAGUGCCAAUGCAUGACUGCGUGCAUUCCAGAAACCACAACCACACAACAGUUCCAAAAGGAAGAAGAACAGAAAAGAACAAGAUGA